GCGAGGAUGUCUUCCCCCAUCCCCUUGGAUCAAAAAACGGUCUACUGUGUCAAAUCCAAGGCACAAGUGCCUCUUUUGAGUCCUAACUCUUUAUGUGACUUGUGUUUUUUGGAAUACGUUCCUUUAUCAGAGGACGCAGACACUGAAAGUGUGAACAAGUUCAUCAGCUGCUUGGAAUUGUUAUGCGAUGACUUUGAAGAGCUGCUUCAUAUGAGUUUUGAUCAGUUUUGGUGUCAGGUUUUUCUGGCUGUUAUCGUAAUUGUGUCCGAAACUUCAGAUUCUCUUCAGCAAGUCCUUACGUACCAGUUUAGACUCUUUCCUGAUUCAGGCUCCAAGAAAUGGGGUUAGUACAGUGCC